AUGAGGGGUAGUCGGGAAAUUUUUAGAAGCUUGGACGGCUCUUCGGCUAUUUUAUGGUUCCCUGCAUUUACGGGCAGAAUAAGAUACAAAUCGGUUUUACGCAAAAGAAGAUCUGCUACUGUUAUUUUUGACGAAAUAGUAGUAACUAGCUGCUACAUCUCACCUAACGUGAAUAGCCAUAUUUUUGAGAAAUUCCUGGAGGAUUUAUAUCCUAGAAUUCCUGAUAUACAAGCUGAGAUACUGAUUGGCGGAGACUUCAACGCUAAAUCUGCCCACUGGGGUUCUAGAUAUUCAAACAGACAAGGUGACCUUGUGAUGAGCUGGGCGGCCUCCUGCGGAUUGGUAUUGGUCAAUUCGGGGAACCUUCCUACCUGCGUCAGGCCUCAGGGUGAGUCGAUUGUUGACCUAACCUGGGCCUCACCUUCCGCACUCACUAGAUUGAAGAACUGGAGGGUUAUGGAUGACGCGAUCUCUCUCUCUGAUCACCAAUAUAUUGCUAUGGUUUUUGUUUCUCAGAGUUCUUCUAACGAAAAAGUAAAGGUUGGCAAAAGGUGGAACUUUGCCAAAAUAGAUAAAGAACUUUUCACUGAGGCGGUCGAAUUCACCAUACAAUACGGUCCAGAAAUAACCGAUGAAUAUAAUGACUCUCCAGAUGAAUAUGCAUUCUGGAUAACUCGUAUAGUUACCGAAGCUUGUGAUACAUCAGCUCCUAUAUGCCGAGGGAGGAAUGUCAGGAGAAAUCCUCAUUGGUGGACAGACGAGAUUUCAUCAUUAAGAAAGGCUGCUAUUGCCGCUCGUAGACUCUGGUUCAGAGGCAAAUCAAGGAAACUGGAUAACGCUACCAUCAAGAAUAGAUGUCAACUUUUCAAAUUAGCUAAGAAAAAAUUAAGGAACGCCAUCAAACAAGCCAAAAACCGAGCCUGGCAGAACCUUAUCCUCACAAUCAAUAAAGAUCCAUGGGGGUUACCAUAUAAGCUGGUUUUAAAUAAGCUAAGGAAGACAGGUCUUGCAAUUUCCGAACAACUGGAUGUUGAUCUCUUAAAUAAGAAGCUGGACGAGCUUUUUCCUCACAACAUUUUGUCUGGUAGGCAAAUCAAUGAGAAUUCUUCCGCUAAUUUUGAAUGA